AGGACGCCAUUUUACGUUUAUCGUUGACUUCCGGCGAUGAUUGAUUGGUAAUGUGAAGAUAGGCCGUGGACUCUGGAAUAUUACAACAAAUAACAACUGAAGUAGACAGCCAAGAUGGAAUUUAUACAGUACAGAACUGAAUCAGCAUUUCAAGGGAGUCCAGUAACCACACAAAAUGGUGUAAAUGAAGGUCAAAACCUACACGGGGACAUGAGCGUUGAAGAUCUUGUGUUGUCAAUGCGUCAAGAUUUAUUGGUUGACUCCGUCUCAAAUCAUGUUUUUGAUCCAACAGUAGGUGGAAAUGGAAUCGGUAAUGUGAUGAGUGUGCACCGUCAACCUGGAGCAGUUUCUGUAAGGAUAAAUGGAAUAGGCUCCCAUGUUUGUGAAAAUGAACAUGGAAACAUUGAAACUGGUAAUGUAUUUGGAGGACAUGACGACGAUGAGAGUAAUGGAAUGCACACCAAGCCAUAUCGGCAAGUUGGAAUGAGAAUUGAAACAGAAUGCAACUUCAACCAGGUGCAACUUCAGCAAAGUCAGAAUGAAAGUGUCUGUAAAAUGCCAGGAACUGCCAAUCAGCCUGUAAACUCCAGCAUGUCUAAUGGAUUUGUUAGGCAUAACAAAUCCCAACCACAGCUAGCUUCACAGUUUUACCAACAGUUGCGGAUGACUUGGGGACCAUCACAGAAUGUUGCACCUGUGAACACUGAACAUAAGAUGGAUUCUGGAGAAUCACUUACAUGUAUCAACAAUGGGCCAUCACAAUUUGAGCCUGAAUUUGGUCUUCGAAUGUUGCCUAAACCUCCUCAAGAACCUCGUAGAGGAUCACAGACAAGGGGUAGUUUACGACGAGCAGCAAAUCUCCUUCUCAAACGCAACAGACAAAGUGUGUCUGAUGGAGAGGUCACACGGAAACCUACACCUCCAAGUACGCCACGAGAUGAACUAGAACGUAAAAAAGGGACCAAAUCCCAGACGAUAAGAGAGCGUCUUCAAAAAAAUAAAAGUAAGAUGGGAGACCUACUACGGUCACCGAAAUUAUCACGUGCUCGGCGGCUAAGUCAUGGUAACAUCAGUACUGAUAGUUCAUUGUCCCCAACAGAUGUCAUACAGACUGACCACAGAAAAUAUGCAAGUGCAGAAAAUCUGGAAGGAAUAAACUUUCACUGCAGGACAGAAAACCAAACCUUAAAACAAGCUACAAAGAAUACAAGACUGACUUCCAAGCCGUCCAGUGAGGCAUUUUCAAGUCGAUCGGAUGAUACGGAUGACCACGAGUACAUUAGAAGGUCUCCUCCAGGGUAUAAGUUAAGGAGGCAUUCUAGUGGGCCUGUUUAUCAUGCAUCGAGUGAGAUGAACACUCAUAGAGGUUAUCACACUGCAGAUAGUGAUACAGAUUCUGGAAUCAGCAGAGUAAACACCAACAUUUCACAAAUUCAAACCAGGAAUGAUGCAUAUAAAGCUCUUCCAACAACCCGGGACACUUUACGAAUGUUAUCAAAGAAGCGAGAAGUGACCAGUACAUCAAGUAGGCACAUGGGUAAAUCUGUAAGUGGUCCAUUAAGGGCAGACCAUAACAUUCAACCAGUCAGUGGUGCAGUGAAUGCAAACAGUGACCUCUACCAACUGGAUGAAAGGUUGCAAGCAGAUAAACCUGAUGUGUGGACUGAACAAGGGGCUCGUCCUAAACUCUCAAGUUCAAUGGAGUCUUUGGAAACUGAAGAAAUGAGGCAUGAAAUUUUCCCUGAUACACUGAUAGGGAUGGAACAUAAAUCACCUCAUGAAGACAGAAGAGACAAAGUACACCAGCAGGCAUCAUCAAGUGUGAAAUCAGACAGUAGAAGAUCAGACAGAAACUCAAGACCUCCAUCACCAUCACGAGCAAGACCACCUUCAUCACGAGCAAGACCACCUUCAUCACGAGCUAGACCACCCUCACCAUCUCGUUCAGUACAUUUUGAGGAUAGUAACUUGCUGAGAGAUGAAAGAUAUGAAAGGAGACCUCAUUCACGUUCACAGAGUAGGACACAAAGGUGUCCCGAUGACAGUAACCAACUCACCCUUGCCACCUCAGUAAAAAGUAAAGCUAAUACCGCUCAUGAUUUUGUCGAGACUGAGUCAAAGGACUUCCACCACAGGAAUGAGAGUGGGCAUAAUGCCUAUUCAUGUAUAGAUGACACACACACAUAUUCCAGUGAAAUGGACCACCGCUCAAGAAUUAUAACUAAUGACAAUCCCUAUGAAGAAAUACAGGUACAAGGCUGUAUGAAGUCAGAAGAGAAAGUACAUGUAUCAAAUGGAAAAGCUGUGAGUAAUAAAUGGCGCGACACAGACUCAUUUGAUGGACUAUAUGCAGAAGUUCAGAAGAAACGACCGGAGAGGAAGAAACAGCACUUUAAGAGUCCACUAAGAGAGAGUGGGGAGUCAAAGGUCAAACAUCCAGGCUCUGCAGGUGGUAUCAGGGAUGAUUUUUCAGUACAGGCUCCCUGUGAUGAGGAACCAAUUUAUGCACAAGUGAACAAGGCCAAGAAGAAACCUCCAUCAGGUGUAAAGUUGACUUCAAGACAUCAUUCACAAUACAAGGAUAUUAAUAGCAAUCCUUGUGUAACAAGUGACUUUGACAACAGUAUCUCAUUUGUUGAAAAUGACACCAAAGAUGGUUUAGCCUUCAACAGAAAUUUUGAGCAUUACUCAGACCUGAGUGGUUCGCGCCUUUCCAUCACAUCACGUGCCUCAAUAUCUGAAAAGAUGCAAAGUAUUGGUAAAGCAACCAAAAAGAAAUUCAGUUCAAUGAGAAGGGCCCUUAGUCUUGACAGGAUUGAUACAUCGACCCAGGAAGAUGAUACACAGCCAAAGUUAAAGCGUUCUCCAUCAUUGCGGUCUCUGACUGGGAUUUUCAGCAAAAAGGACAAAACUCAUGACAACACGGACUCUAAGAGGAAUCUGCAUAAAAAGCGUUCUGCAAGUAUAAGUGGAUUGUAUGUAAGACCACAACGUACAUCUGAAGAAACUGAUGUGACAUCACCAAGCCACAUGAGGAAAGUUGGGAAACUUCUUAAUAUCAACUCUGAUGGAUCUCAGACAGUGGAAUUAAUUAAACCACCAAGUGGACCAUUUGGAUUCUACAUUGCGCGUGGUACAUCUAACUUUGGUUCAGGUGUUUUUGUUACUCGUCUUGGAGAUGGUCAUCCAGCUAAGAUCCUGGCUGGUCUUCUUGCAGUUGGGGAUGAAAUUCUGGACAUAAAUGGUGUUGAUGUUCGUAACCGACCUAUAGAUGAUGUCUAUGACAUGAUGAUGGACAAUGACAAACUGAUAUUGAGGCUGGUUCCAAUUGCAACUCGCAGCACAUGGACAGAAUGAUUGAAUAAAGAAAACAAGUGUCAUGCUCUAGUCAAUUUACUGUAAGUUUGUGGAUAAUUAUAUGAAAAACACUAUUCAGAAUUUUUUGUAACUUUUUACUGCAUGUUAUAAUAUGUGCGUUUGUUAAUAAGUUUGUGGAAAAAUAUCAAGAAUUAGAAAUUAUGUGGUCAGUGAAUUUGCAAUUCAUGAUGUAUUUUUGUUUACUUACAAAUGAGAAAAGUCUUUACAUGUGCCCAGUUCCACACCAAUGGUGGAUGGGGGUCUUGAGGUAUCUUAACCUAUACCCAUUGAACCCCACACCUGACCAUUUCAAGUAAAUUUGUAUUUACCUUUAAACAUCUGUCAUGUCUGUGGUGCUUUGCACAAUCAGUCAAUCUGUGCAGUCAACCACCUUGUUAGGCAAUAGUCAAUCCUAUAGGAAAUGUCACAAUUUAAUUUCCUUUUUCAAACAAUAUUUCUACAAUCCGGGCAGCUCUACAUGUAUCAACAAGUGGCAUUAGGAUGGACUGUUAGUGUAACGUAAUCAAUUAAUGAUUAUACCCAGUCAGAUUUCCUAACCCCCUAGGGUAUAUGUAAACUCAUAUUGAAAUUGGAGGAUUUGCCGGGACUGUUAAGAUCGUUGACAACACACUCAGCUCUUUCCUAUUCAACUGCGCAGUAAUUUGUGACAGCCCCAUCCCCUUUCCUAGGCAAGGAGAAAUUCUGGAUGCUACACUGACACAUGUAACCUAUUAUUGUGCCUUAGACUAAUCCAUUUUAAGUGACUUUCAUUCAUACUUGAAGCAUUUGCUAUUUUUUGUACUGCUGUGAAUUGACAUUUUACUGGUCAUGCAUUCCUAAUAGCCUUUAUAGCUGUGUAUGCUUUUCUAUAUUUAUUGGAAAAUCUUUGCUGAAUAUGAAUAUUUCUAUCAUUUUACUAAUACUGGUUUCUCAAAUGCCUAGAUUAUGCAUUGAAAGCUGUAUGGUAGAUAUACAAAUUAAAAAAUACACUGAGAAAUUUUUGUAAAUACAUGCAAUUAACUGUGUUGGUUUGAAAGCCUUAUUUCAAAUUUCAGUCGUAAAAUAAAUGUAAAGAUGCAUACGUAUACAUAUUGGCUGACAACAAUAUUUCAAAUAAGUAACUUUGACAUUUUCUAUAUAUAUGUUAAGAGGCUGUUAAACAUAAUGUGGUAACUUCAAAUAGCAUUGGAGCUAUUAACAUUCAUAUAUGUAAAAUGUAAGAUGUACAUGUACAGGAAUGUUACCUGUAUGUCAAAGUAAUGAAUUACACGGGUAUGAGUGUAGAGAGUUAGAUUUCAGACUAGUAUGUACUUGUUUAUAUCCAUGAAUUCAAGGAUGUUUUGGUGAAGUAUUAUUUUUGUGUAUACAUGUACAUGUAUGUUUAUUUCAGAGUCUCCUCAUGAGCUGUAUACUUUGAGCAAAGCUGACAUGCAGAAUUACUUUCUUGUCUGACCCAUGUUAGCUACAGUUAAUCUGGAAAUGUUGUCUCCCUGUUUUCAGUCUUGCUAACAGGUUCAUGUAUUUGUACUCAGUGCAGAAAUUCCAUUAUGAAGAUGUUCCAUAGGAUAUCUGGCUAGCCUCUCUGAUAGUUUGUUGUGCUCUACUUUUAUUGCAACACUGCUGUUUUAUAAUGACAUUGUUGAAAGUACAUGUGCGUUAUUUUGGCCUUGUGGAGGGAUGCAGUCUCAAAAAAUUAAUUAUCCUGUAACACAAGUGGACUCCCCCACACACACACCUUUGACAGGUCCUGUAACGGGAUGGGGCUUAAUGGAUAGGUCUAUUAAUGGCUGGCAUCAGCCAUUGGGGGGGGGUUCCACUUGUGUUCACAGGAUAAUGAAUUUAUCUUCACUCCAACUUGAUACAUACAUUCUGCUUUUGAAUUCACAGGUGAUUGUUUACAGCUCUAAGCUGAAUGAAUGCAUAAUAAAACAAUUUCCCCUCCAAUAACACCGUAUGCAAAGUGUGAUAUGGACCAGUUUGCUGCCUAUAGCAAAAUCUGUUGCCAUGGAUCAACCAAACUUGCUAAAGAUGAAAGCAUCAUUAUGGAUUUUAUUGUUUUUGAAGAGGUUUCAUUUCAAUGCAUAGUCAAAAAGUUUGCCUUCAAAAAGGUUUUUGAAAGACCGUCCAUCAGAUUGUGCAAUUCAUAUACAAAGCAUUUCUCUUGAGAUCCCAUCUCCAAAAUAUUAUUAUAUUAAGUUUGAAUUAAUUAUAGUGCCAAUUAUAUAUUAACUAAAAUGAUAGAGUUGGAAUCACGAUUUACGCGUAUGUGAUUUGGACAUUUGGAGAAAGAUUGCCAUUUGCCUGGUUUGGAGCAGUAAUUAAGGUAAUUAAUGUAUUGUCAAGAAGUAUAAGAAGUCUAUGUUUCAUUCUCAUAAAGCAUUCUCUGCUUAAGUGUGACCGUGAACAUGUCUUCAGUUUCGAUGGCAAUAGGAGUACAGUAUAUCAAGUAGUCAUGUUACAGACUGUUCCGCUUUUUCAUGAAGGAAGGAAAGACGCUGUAAAUUGAUGUAAACAUGACGUUGUUAAUAACAGUGUGUCAUUGUUUUGACGUGACUGAA